UGAAUAAACUCUCGCGAGAUCAUACGAGACUAGAAAAAUCCAUCAUGGCGUCCACUCAGACGACGGAAUCUUGAUUUUCGAAGAUUUGUUGCUUUUCCCUGUCUAUUUCUGCAAAAAUCCGAGACGGCAACGUUAAGUAACAAAGGCUUGAAGUCUUUGAACUGAUCUAGUUCUGACUUGGAGACGAUCAGGAUGUUCUUGUAGCCAUGCCGCUGUUCAAAAGGAAAUCAGACAAAAAGGCAACCAAAGAUGCAGCACAGAGGAAGACAGGGUCAAACCCAGCCUCCCCAGCAAGGAAAGUGGAGGGGAAGGCCAACAGUGUCCCACCAACUUUACACUCGGGAGGAGCCAGGCCCAAGAUACAAGCUGCAAAAAUACAGAUUGACCGAAGUACUACCCAACAGGACACACAGUUUGGAGAUUUAGGCCAUUCCCAUCAAGGGGUCACAGGGAUUCAUGGCAGUUCGCGACUCAACAUAAGUCUGGAAGAACUUUUACAUGACAACAGUGCCAUCCCAUAUUUCAUCCAGUACAUGGACACUGUAGGGAGGCAACACAUCAUCAAAUUCUGGAUUGAAGUAGACAGCUUUCGCAGUGCUGCUUGGACCAGAAUUCGAGCACACACACUCACGUCAAUGAGUAAGAGCUUGAUAGAACAGACUGCUUCCCCACCUCUAGAUAGGAAAAAAUUGCCAACAGAUUCAACAGACACAAAGACAUCGCAGUUAACAAAGGACAGUGCUUCUAAAGAGAGACUGGAGGACGCAAAUAGUAAUGAAGUUAUUCAGCGAGCUCUUCCAGUGGACAGGAAUUCUGUAGACUCGUUGCAGUCGUUACAGUCAACAGAAAGCGUAAGGACUUCACACAGUGCAAUUUCUAACGGGGACUCAAGUGCAAAAGACGAUUCUGGGAUGGAGGACAAGGAAAGCAAGGGAAGGGAGGCCAGUAUAGGGGAAAGACGAAAGAACACGGAAGGAGACAGUUUAAAGAAAGCCAUAGAAAGAGAUGCCGUCAGUAUCUAUUCCAAGUACAUAGCUCAGGAUGCAGCCAAGCCUGUGGGAGUUACAGAUGAGAUGAGGAACUCUAUAGUUGCUAAGAUCUGUAGUGAGGACGGCCAUGUGGACCCCAAUUGUUUCCAGGAGGCCCAGGAGUUUGUCGUCAAAGUCAUGGAGAGAGAUCACUACCCAUCGUAUCUGAAGAGCGAGUUCCACUGUAAACACCAGAUUGAUGUGCUGACUAGUGGUGACGUCUUCCUUGCUGACAUCCUGUAUAACGACACUGCCUUGUUCUACUUCAUGGAGUUCAUGGAACAAGAAGGAGCCAUGAACUUGCUGCAGUUCUGGCUGGCUGCAAACAACUUCCAACUGACGCUGGCAGCGAAGCAGGGCCAGUACGACGGGCUGGAGGCACAGAACGACGCCAUGGUGCUGUAUGAUAAGUAUUUUUCGCUGCAAGCGACGACCCCUCUUGGUGUAGACGAGGCCACAAGGUUCGAGAUAGAGAACCAAAUCUGUCGCGAGGGAGGCCCCCUGCCCAACUGUUUUGAGACACCGAUGAGACAGACUCUCACCACUAUAGAAUCUAUGUAUUUCCCCACCUUCCUAACCAGUGAGCUGUACUUUAAGUACCUGAAUGAGCUCAUCAACACCAUCAAGACUGAUGUGAAGAGUACAGGCAGUCUCCCUUCACCCAGCCCACACCACAAGGGUCAUCGUCGGCAGGGCAGCAAUGCGAGCAGCGAGGCCGGGAGUGUUGGGAGUUCUAACACCACCACGACCAACACACUGUUGGCAGGGGGAGUCGUGCACAAACAGGAGAAACAGAGCACGAAAGUCAUCAAGGGGCUGGACAACGACUUCAGGAUAGACCCGCACCAGUUCAACCCUGACCAGCUCUGGCAGAGGCCAAAUGUUGGUGCCAGAAGCAGUGAGACAAGGAAUAUGUCUGUGGGGAGAAUGAAUGAGUUGGGCCAGUUUAUACCUGAGUAUGAAGUCCUUCCAGAAUCUGAGAGAAGCAAACAAUCUUCAGCGUCCAAACUGUGGAAAAAAUAUGUGUCUCGGGAACCAGACGAGGAGAAGGAAGAGAUGGCGUGGAAAAUCGCUCAGAUGAUCGUGUCCAACAUCACGCGGCAGACGGGAGGGGAGGAGCUGGAUUCACCUGACUCUGACAGCUGAUGUCUACUUUUCACUCUAGCAAGGUUGAGAAAUAACAUCAGUGGGAACCUGUCUCCAUGUUUUAUUGUUUGUAAAAGGAAAGUAGCCAAGUAGGAAUUCUAUCUCCCUUUCAUCAAGGGAAAUGAUAUUACAGACAAAAAGCCUGCAAUGUAUUACUCAACAGUGAAAAUCAUACUUAUAGAUAAUCUGUCUAUAUUAGACUCUUGAAACGUGGUCCAAAAUGCGAUCAGGAUUUGCAGACAAAAUUGUUACAUUAGCUAUAAUCUCACCCAAAAUUGUUACAUUAGCUAUAAUCUCACCCACCAUGCUACUACACCUAUUUAAUCUCAACUGUUACAACCGCAACUGUAAAGCAACAUAAAAAUUUUAUUCUAUGUAUACCUUGAUGUGUACCGUCGCAAGAGUUUAUUAGUUCAAUUAUUAUGUAAUUUGGUAAAGGAAUUGCAAACUUGUAAUUAUACAGUUGUGCAUGUAAAACUAUGGUUAUAAAUUGGGAGUAUACAAAGUCCAAGCACGGACUAUAUUGUAUGUGUAGUUGUGAAAAUCUAUCCUUUUAGCAACAUAUUUUGUCAGAGACAAGAAUUUUGUAUGUAGUCCGAAAGACUUUGCGUUGAUACACACAAGCACAUUGUAUUGAGCAUUGACAUGUAUUAGCAUUUGGAACCAGUAUGUCACACAAAGUUUCUGUCACAUUUUAUGUUCCUGACUACUUUUGUUACAUUUUGGUUGUACUGCACUCUUGCUGAUAAUCAUACAAAAGAUCUAAGCAGUCCAAAUAAUCUGUUGCAACAUGACUGGUAUGUGAAUUAUAUGUACUUGUAUUUCAAAUAUCAUUAACAACUAGCCAAUCACAGCUGUUCUUUCAUGAUGAAAUUUUAAUUUUUUUUCUGCAAAACAUUUGUAAAAUGGAAAGUUGUAAAACUGACAUGUAGCAAAUCAUCAGAAUGAAAAGAGUUGCUGCUGCCACAUUUUGACAAAAUCUAAUCUUUUUGUACAUAUGUGUAGAAUGAAAGUAAGAAUGUCAAUUUCCAAAUCUUGCCAGGAUAUUUCAACUGAACAAAGAAUAAGGCUUGGACUACUUAAAAAAAGGUUCUGAUGAAAGCAGUGUUAUAUGGUUAAUUGUGGAAAGUGUCAAGCAAUUAUUGAAUAUUUGUAUGAAGUACAAAUGUAUCAAUCCUUCUUAAUGCAAUAAUUGCUCCCUUAAUUGUUUGUAACAAAUCAGAGUAAGUUCUUUUGUUGUAGAGUUAGGUGAAUGACAAGUUGUGAUUGGUCAUCAAAAGUUUGGAUAUCUUAGACAUCACUGUCACUUUUGUACUAAGAUGAUAAGUUCUGUUCUGUACCAUUUUGCCUUAUUUGAGUAACUUAAGUCAUGGCACAUCUGAUAAUUUUUUUAUCUUAACCAACUUGGGACGUUCCUAUAGUAAUGUACACCACAGAAUACCAACAUGGACAUCAGAAAAAUCAUCCAUUUCAUUUUAUGUUAGGACAUCUGUUACAAUUAAUAGCCCAGUCUAUGAUGCAAUGCCAAAUCAUUUGCAACCAUUGUUUGAACUUUGAGAUAUAAGCCAUACCCAGUAGACACUAGUAUUAAAUUACAUUUAUUUUAUUGUACAGCAAAAUGACAUCAUCUCUAGUGCUAUUGAAAACAUUGAUUUCCCAGGUUGUGAACUAGCUCCUGUGUCCAUUUAUGGUGCAAUCUUCUCAGCCAAAGUUGUACCUAAAUUUAACUUUGUGAUUUUAUUGUUAAGUUUCACGUAAUUCAGAACUGUUUGUGCCCAGUAACAAAUUUACUUGAUGUCUUCAAAUGUGUACAAAAAAAAAGAUUUUAAUUAAAUAGGGCAUCAAA